AUGAAGCCUGUUAUUCGGGCUAAUGCGAUGAAUCUAAUUGCGAAUACUGAGGACUUUGUUGAUACGGCUGGCCGUACUGGAGAUUCCAGUGAUGAGGGCAAGACCUUCAACGUCCGAGUAUGGCUCAACUAUUUCACGCUGGACGUGAUUGGAGAUAAGGCGUUCGACCUUCCUAUGGGCUUCCUACGUGCCGGAUCAGAUGCCAAACCAGCCCAGUUGCCCUCUGGAAAAGAGUAUACUGUGCCCAGCAUGAUCAUAGCUCUAUACCACGGCGUCUUGCACAGAGCGUCCAGUACAGCAUUGUGCUUGCCCAGAUAA